UCUUGUGUUCACUUCUGUAAAGAACAAAAUCAACUCAAAUCAGCUAAAAUGGCUUUCAAAUUUGUCUUCGCAUUCGCACUCGUAGCUGUCGCCAGCGCUGGUUUCGCACCCGUCGCUCAAGUCUAUCAAGCAGCACCAGUCGCUGUACAUGCCGCCCCACUAGCCGUUGCUCAAAAGGUCAUCGUUAAGUCCGAAGAAUAUGAUCCACAUCCACAAUACAGAUUCUCAUAUGGUGUCGAUGACAAACUGACUGGUGAUUCCAAGAGUCAAGUUGAAGAACGUGAUGGUGAUGUAGUUCGUGGCGAAUACUCUCUUAUCGAUGCUGAUGGUUAUAAACGUACUGUACAAUAUACCGCUGAUCCACAUAAUGGUUUCAAUGCUGUCGUACACCGUGAACCACUCGUAAAAGCUGUUGCUGUCGCUCCAGUUGCUCACUACUCUGCUCCAACUGUUGUCAAGACAGUUGCUCCAGUUGCUCACUACUCCGCUCCUGUAGCACAAUACGCAGCUCCAGUUGCUCACUAUGCUGCUCCAGCUGUUGUUAAAACUGUUGCUCCAGUAGCUCAAUAUGCCGCCCCCGUUGCCCAUUAUACUGCUCCAGUUGCUCACUAUGCUGCUCCAGCUACUAUUGUGAAAUCUGCUCCAGUAUCUUACACAAGCUACGUCGCUCCAGCAGCAGUCGUUAAAUCUGCAGUGGCUUAUCAUCAUUAAAGUAAUGACCGCAUAACAGUAGUUAGACUUGUAUUUUGUUAAUUAUUUAUUGAUGUUAAAGCUUAGAAGAACCAAAAUCGCAACAAUUAAUAAAAUGUG